AAUAUUUCUAUCGGCACUUCCAAAUCCUUUUACGUAUUCCCUUCGGCCGUAAUCCUCGGCCGUAUAGUCGAUUCGUUCGGUCUAAUAACAGUAAAGGAAAAAUUAAAAGCUAUUAUUAAAUUUAUAUUCUUUAAAACGUUAAAGAAUUUCGAAAUAUUUAUUGGGCAAAUAGGUUACUAG